UGAAAAAGUUCAUAAGUUACCAGAACCAAGUUGAAUCAACAUUACAAAACAUUUUAAUUCGUUUUAUUCAAUUCGUUCAGUUAGUCAACAAAAUUCAACGAAAAUGAUUAAGAGUUUCAUCUUGCUUGGCUGUUUAACAGUUUGUUCAAUUGCUUCACCAGCAUACUAUGGAUACAAUGGCCCAUCAUCAAGGUACUCACACAUUCCAAAGGCUGCUUAUGCCAUUCCCGCUCCAUCAUAUGCAUCGCCAAAAGCAUCUUAUGCCGAACCACUCUAUGAUCACAAACCUCAACCAUACAGCUUUGGUUAUGAUAUCAACGAUGGUUAUGGAAACAAAAAUCACCAACAAGAAGAAGGUGAUGAAUACGGCGCCAAACGUGGCUCUUAUGGAUAUACUGAUGCUCAUGGAAUCUAUCGUAAGGUAGACUAUGUGGCUGACAAGCAUGGAUUCCGUGCUACAGUUUCUACCAACGAACCUGGAACUGCACCAAAAGACCCUGCUGAUGUUAAGAUGAUCGCCAAAGAGCCACCAACUCAUUCAGUUUAUGCUGCUCCAGCUUACCUUAGACCUUCUUAUGCUUCUUAUGGUCCAUCAAAGUCAGACUACUCACGACCAGAUUAUCGUAUGGACAGUUACCAUUCAAGCCCUUAUGGACCAAGAAGACACUACUAGACGGAAAAGAUCAUCCAGUUGAACCUCAUUUUACCUGAAAGAAUGAAAAGUAAACCCAUUAAUACUCAUCACUGCUUCUGUUGUCCUCGUUUUAACCCUUUGCCCAUUCAUUAGUAAACUCAUUGUAAUCACAAUUUACCUUCAGCAAUGUAGUAAUGUAAUAUUUUUCACAUAAAGAUUAUUUUUGUAAAAUA